AUGGACCCUCUCGCCCGCAGGCAGUCGCCCAACAGCGGGUGCAAGAACGUAGCGCUGCCAGCAGAGGGCAGAAUGCCCCCGAUCGCGGGGUCAGGGGACCCGCCUCCCUUGCCCUCCGCCCCCGCCCCGCUCCGCGCCAAUGCUCCGCUCCGGGAGGGGCCCGGGCUGCCCCGCAGCGGCUCGCAGGAUCAAUCUGCUCCUGCCUCGGGGCUGCAUCGGCCCCCCUGCUCCCGGGCGAGCCGCGACUCCAUGGGGACCCCGGAGGCCGAAGACACAGCCGGCCCGGGCGCGGUGCACUGCAGCCGACGCAGCGGCCUGCGCACCCAGCGCGGGUGCCUGGCCCGAUGGGUGCCAGGCCGGGCGGACGCUGGACUCGGCCGCUCGGUCCCUCCGGCCUUUCGUUCCCCAGUGCCGGGGCCCACGCUGCCCAGGGCCAUGUCCCCGCCGGGCACGGCCUACCGACCCCGGCAGGGUCCCUCCGCCACCAAAGGUCGCCUAUCCCAGCGAUCAAUCCGGUUUCCUUCGAGCAGCCCAAAGCACAUCUUCCAGGGCCUUCAGUCCGCGACCCUGGAGCCACCACUCUCUACCCAUGGCCCUCACUCCCAAUCCUGUGAGGCCAGGUUCUCGUCCAUUGGCCCCACCCUCCCCGUCCCUCAGUCCCGGCAGCCAGCCCUCUCCACGGACCAAACCGGCUCCGGGAAGGCGCCGCCACCCGGGGGACGCCAACUCAGCCUGGUGCGACCUACCUCGGCCGACAGUCGGGGUCCCCGGGCGGCCACUCCCGUCCGGCGCCGUCCCCUGGUGGAGCCGCUGCGCUCCCCGCCGUCCGUGCAGUCUGGCCUCGUUCAGGGCCACUCCUCUUAG